UACUAGAGAGAGGGAGUGUAAAGGUGUUGGACAAGGUGAACUUUAAGAGCAUGGCCAGCUCCUCUGUGGUCCUCGUUGCUACUUUGCUAGCCUAAUUAGCAGCAGAACACCGGUCGCCGGUGGCAACAGCUAGCUAGCCAGCUGAUUUUCCUUAGAGCAUUUGCUUUGCUGGGCUCUGUGUUGUUUUACUUUAACAGUACCGAUGAUAAACGGUGAGGCAUGUCGUUCUCUGACUACACUCCAAAUAGAAGUGUACUGUGAAGGGCUGUCACUGACUUUUUGUAGUACAGUAAUAGUAGAGUCUCGCUUUCGGCACCUGUCUUUAAAAAGCUUCAUGACGUCAUACGCGGAUGUGUCAGUUGUUGCAGAAAUGAAACCAAUGCAUUUCAUUCAUAUUACCUAUAAAUCCUAUUAAAUGUUCCAUUCGGAUGUAAUUUAAAAAAAAAAAAAAAAAAAUGCAUUUCAUUCAAAUUACCUAUAAAUCCUAGUACUGUAUCUGUCUUUGUCAGUCACGUGCCCAAACUAGCGGACACGCCCCCAUGCCCCACCUCGCGCCAUUUUGAGUGUACCACGGAUGUAAACAAACCAGAACAGGAGUAGCUCCGACUCUUCAUUACUGCCUCCAACUUCAUCGCUGGAUAUAAAAAAAACUCCCUCGUUUACGGUAUCAGCGCUUAAAUUUCAAAAACUAUAAAUCUCUCGACGCUCACGGACAUUUAAGGAAUGGCUCGGUGCAGGAUCUCCGCAUUUCGACCGCAGGACCGCGACAACACAGUCCUCACUCUCGUUGCUCUUCUCAGAAUCAUGAUACAGCUCUUACUUGAACAUUGUUGAACUUGAAUUGUACCUUGAAAAUCAUCUUAAACAUCGCAUGACUAAAACAGGUGAAGGAACUGUCGUAAUGACAUGCAAAUUCAUGUAUAUUGCACAAUAUAUUGUUCCAGUGUUGACAUUGCCAUGCAAAGAUGUGCAAUUCUCUCAAUGCAGGACUUAUCAUGUGAAGAGGGAAAAAUUUACUUGAACACGUUAUUCUACAACUAGUGUUAUUUUACUUCAUAUACAUAUUUUAUAUUUCCUUGUAUUGCUAUUUUCUGUUUACCAUUGUGCUGCUGCUGUUUUGUUUGAGAAUUUUAGUAAAAAUUAUAUAUCUAAAAAAGUUAAAACUGUCAACCUUCUCGUUUUGUUAGCAAACAUCGGAUUUCCUAUUCAGUGUUCCACAAAAUUGUUUGAAUGUAAUUAGUAAAAAAAAAAAAAAGUACUUUUCAUUAUCAAAACCAACACUAGUUCUUUAUGUACCUAAGAAAGGCAAAGAGUCAAGAAGACUUCAAAAUUGUCACUGACAUACUUUAUUAAACAGGUUUAAGUCAUCUACAAACGUAUAAAAAAAACUUUGCUUGUACAAACACUAUGAAAAGAAAACUAAUUGUACUAAACUACUGUUGGGCACUGGCUUGUCAGGGCACAGCAGACAGUGACAACCUUAUCCAACAUUGUGGCUUCUUCACCUUCACAUGGAAGAAUCAUGUUUAUGGGUAUGGUUCCUGUUAAGAUAUUAUACUUCUGACAAACAUUUCUGAUGACCCUUUUAACAUGGAUUCUCAGCUGCUCUAGCUGCUGACAGCGGCCUUUUGUAAAUGCUGGGAGUUUGACAUCUGAACACUACAUGCCCACACAUUCUUGUAUGUCAAAACCUCUGUCAGCCAAGACAAUGUCCCCAGGUAACAAAUUAUCAAGAAAAUCACUGUUCAUGUUUGUCACUUGGAUGACCUCCCCAGCCUUUUGAUAAGAAACAAAUGGCUCCCUUAGGUGUAAUACAUGUUAAAUACUUCAUAGUGUGGUGGUGCUUGUAGCUGGAAAACAUUUGGGCACGUGCUUUCAGAUUUGAUGGGUUUUCUGUGAAAAUUUCAAAACAGUCAAUAAUCACAGUCUGUGUCACAUCCUGAUUGGUCCUUUGUGAUUAGCUGAUCACCUUCUUCUCCAGCUUCAUGUGUCCCCUCUUCAAUCUGUAGCUGACCACUUUCUUCUCCAGCAUCAGGUGUCCCCUCCUCAUUCUGUUGGUAACUGUUUAUUUCACCAGGCUCAGAUGGUCCCUCCUUGGUCUGCAGCUCUUCAAUGUUUGCAUCCUGCUGGACCCCCAUCUCUGGUGCUUGCAUUGUCUCUUUCCGUAGCUGCUCACGCCUACUUCGUCUUGCAGAGCGUGUAGUGUUUGUCGGUUUAACAGAUGUGUGUCCCAGAUGUAGGGAUGGUGCCCAGUCUGGGUCAGUCUCCAUCAUUUCAUAAACUGGUUCACCUGCAAUUACAUUAGGUUUUAUUUAGAAAGCUAGGUAAGAUUGGAUAUUUCCAUGGCAUUUAACAAUCGUAAACACUUAAUCAGACAUGCUACCAUCCCAUCAGAUCUCUUAGAUCACAAAAGGAAAUCUCACGCAUUCAUAAAUAUUUCUGUGCAUUUUCGCUGUUUACCUGUCUUUCAAAUCAUUCACUCUAUAAUGUUUUUAUAAACGAUGACUGAAUAAAUUAAACACUUGAUAUUUCACGAACAGAUUAACCCAUUUCCACCGCCCUCCCUCUUUGCCUGUAGUUUACAAGUGAGGCUAGGUAGCUAAGGUUAGCCAAUGAGAAAAUAGCGACUUUAGAAAGCAAAAAACAGCAUAUUCAGUAUCAAUACUUAAAAAAAAAAACCCGACUUGCCUUCAUGAAAAUGCCGAGAGCAAACACGCAGGAAGGGAGAUAUGGUGUCGAAAGUGAUGCCCUUCAGUUUCUUUCACCGCUGCGACCCAGGCCAUCCGACGCCGCUUCGUUAGUUCCUCAACCUGCUGUCCAUAACCUCUCUUCCAGGAGGGAAAACGAAAAAAAUCUUACGUCGUGGUCAACUUUGCUGCCAUUUUUGUCGUGUGAUUUAGUAUGGCAGCCUUUCACACAACACGAGUGUCCCAUUUUAUCAAAGACAAUGAUGAAAGCAAAGACGAUUCUCACUGCUCAGUUGUUUACAAUUAAGUGUGCACUCAAAAUGGCAAUUCGACCCACAAUGCACUGCGGCUUUUGCAAGUGUUACGUCACCUGUCAAAGACCGAUAGACCCUACUCACAUGACGUCACAACCACGCCUCCGCGCCAUAUUGUCCGUCAGCUCGUCGGGUUUAAGCAUUACUGCUACGUAAAUUCCUCCUAUUAUGGCGUGUUUUUCUGCUCGUUAACAUUAAUAAUCAAAAUGGUGAAGGCGUGUGUGGCGGUUGGUUGCAAUAACAGAGAAGAUAGACGGAGAGACUUGGAAGUUCUACCGUAUUCCGAGAUUCUACCGUAGUCCGAGAGACCCGGAGAGGAGAGCAAGAUGGACUGCUGCAAUUCGACGAGAAAACUGGGCACCAAACGAUCACUACAGAUUAUGGAGUAGUCAUUUUAUAUCUGGGGCUCUGCCAUUGCCAAGAUAGUGGGUGCCAAUGCUGCUCAGAAUUCCAAAUUUGACAACACGGUAAAAAUGUGGGUGUUUGAGGAGAUGGUGAACGGGCGCAAACUGACUGAAAUAAUCAACACUGACCAUGAGAAUGUCAAGUACCUUCCUGGACACAAGUUACCAGCAAAUGUGCUGGCAGUUCCAGACUUGGUGGAAGCAUCCUGUGAUGCAGACAUUCUGGUGUUUGUCAUUCCGCACCAAUUUAUUGGGAAAGCCUGUGAUUCCAUGAAGGGCAAGAUAAAGACUGAUGCACUGGGCAUUUCUCUAAUCAAGGGUGUUGACGAGGGGCCCGAUGGACUAAAACUUAUCUCUGAUGUGAUCCAAGAGAAGCUUGGAAUUGCAAUGAGUGUUCUGAUGGGGGCCAACAUUGCCAAUGAAGUAGCAGAUGAAAAGUUUUGUGAAACUACCAUCGGGUGCAAAAAUGAAAACCAUGGGGCUCUCUUAAAGGAGCUCAUGCAGACCAGCAACUUCCGCGUGACUGUCGUGCAGGAGCAUGAUGUGGUGGAAAUCUGUGGAGCUUUGAAGAACAUUGUUGCAGUGGGAGCGGGUUUUUGUGACGGUCUGGGUUUUGGUGACAACACAAAAGCCGCAGUGAUCCGGUUAGGUCUGAUGGAAAUGAUUGCGUUUGCCCGCAUUUUCUGCACGGCCGGGCCUGUGUCCUCUGCGACCUUUCUUGAAAGCUGCGGUGUUGCCGAUCUCAUCACAACCUGCUACGGUGGCCGCAAUCGCAAAGUAGCCGAAGCCUUUGCCAAGACAGGGAAGUCCAUCGAGGAGCUGGAGAACGAGAUGCUGAAUGGCCAGAAACUCCAAGGACCAGCAACUGCAGCUGAGGUCUAUCUCAUCCUCAAACACAAAAACCUGGUUGACAAGUUCCCACUGUUCAACGCCGUCUAUCAGAUCUGCUACCAAGGCCAUCCAGUCACAGAGUUUAUCAGCUGCUUGCAAAACCAUCCAGAGCACAUGUAAAAUGCUAACAGACUGAACAAGUGCCUUCUACAUGGAGAACGUUACCGCGUCAUGUUACUCAUCCAAAAUGUGAGGCGACUCCACUGCUUUCAAGAAAAACAGCGGCCAUCCCACCCACUCCAUGGAGAUGCUGCAUAUCGACUGUUUAGAUGUCAACCAUUUUGUCCUUAACGGAUGGCUAAAGUGCUUUUUAUUUCAUGAAGCGUGUUGAAAGAUUUUAUUGGCUGCCAUUGAGUGAGUUAACACUGCAAAAAUUUUUACCAGACAUCAAUGCAUGUGCUAAAAUUCUAAAGGCCAGCUGAUAUGAACGGGAUUUACCAAAGUGUGUUUGUGGGAUAAUAAUGCCGUCCAUAACCAAAAGUUGUAUAAUCAAAAUGUAACCCUGCUUAAUGUCUUCCUAGCUUUGAGUCCUCGAAUCAUUUCAUGUCUUGUACAUUACUAGUACCUGCGCACAGCAACUUUUUUUUUUUUUUUUU